AUGUUCAUCCCACAGUUUGAUACUGCAAUCAUGCUAUUCUGUAUGAAGAUACCAUCGGCCAUUAUGUUAUGGAUAGUACCGUUACUGCUGAUCCCUUUGUGUUCUGCGAAUAGUGAAAACUGCACCAACAAGGUGAGUUUGAUUUGUGAAAUUUCAGAUGAUCGAGACUUUAUUUGAUAUCAGUGAUUAAUCGAGAAAGUUAAUGGUCGCUGAUUGCAUUAUUCAUUUGUUUGAAAAAAUGUAAUAAAAUGGAAUGGAAUCAAUAAAAGUAUGAGUCAGAAUGGUUGUUCUAACAUCCGGCGCCGUUUUCAACAUUUAUUUUUUGAUAUGUAGUCAUGUUUUAUGCUUCACUUGUAAUUAAUAUCUGAAUAAUACAUAUUAAUGGUAGAAUUUAUAAUCGAAAUGAAUAGUCCCCUGGUGAAGUAAUGUAAAUGAACAGGAAAUGAAUAGUUGAACAAUAAUAAAAUGAUCAUGUGCAGUUGAAUUGUUGCUCAACUGAAUGAACGAACGAUGGACUUGAUAUAUAUGUGAGUGAAUCUAGCAGUGAGGGUUAUGUAGGGUCAGCGGCCAAAAUUAGAGUCCUUCAAGCGUCUUGUACUACUGUACUUAGCUUAUACCUGCUUUUAUUUAUCUAUUAUUAUUAUUAUUAAUUAUGAUUUAUAGUCAAUAAUUCAAUUACUUAUUCUUGAAAGGCAAUUUAAGAAAAAAACAUCCCCGAGAAGUGCAUCAACUCCAAAUCAAUAGGAAUGAAUAAUUUAUUCAUUUUUUUUUUCAUUUCUCCCCUUAAUUUCUCAACAGAAUUCACAACAUGGCUCUUGUGGUUACUCUCCUUGUUUCUGCGCACCGGGUAUACCGGGCAUCCCAGGAAGCCCGGGACCCGCGGGACCAGCUGGUACAUCGGGAACACCCGGGAAUAACGGACUCGAAGGACCUAUGGGUCCACGUGGAGUCAAAGGCGAUGGAGGACUCCGUGGAAAACAAGGACUUCCAGGCCCCAGGGGGGGUACAGGGUCAACUGGUCCAGCAGGCCCAAGCGGAAGCAAGGGUGAAGCAGGUCCCCCUGGAAGUCAAGGUGCCCCUGGCCCAAAGGGACCACAAGGCCCCUCGGGUCGAGCUGGAAAGAAGGGUGAUACAGGUCCUCCUGGAAGUCAAGGUCCCUCAGGCCCCAAGGGGGCUCCAGGGUCUUUUGCACGUAACUGGAAACAAUGCGUUUUUAAGAGUCUGAACGAUGGCAGGGACUCUGGAUUGGUCAAGGUAAAAGCUAAGUUGGCCUCAGAAUAAAAAGUUCGUCAGUACUUGGGUUUUAUUUAAAAAGAACGAAUUUCAUUUGAAGGUCCUGUUCGCGCAAAUUUGCUUGGAUUAUAACCAGUGGCCAUUGUGGCUCCGAUCAUUUCUUUAAGUAUUUAUGACUCCCAAAAAAUUCACAGUUCUAUCGAGUAAAAUCUUGCAAAUCAAAUGUUUUUACAAGGAAGCAUUCCUCAGCAGUUUUGAAUAGUAAUACCAUGGGAUUUUGUUCACAGAUUAAAGUGUUAGGUUAACCCACCUUGUACCCACUGUUCCAUACGAAAGUAUUGUUGAAGAGGUGUAAUUUAGUGCCCAAUACAGACCUUGACAUAAGGGGGUUGGGGUGUCCAAAAAAAACUUUUUUGGCCUUUCGGGCCUCAGUUUGGUCGAAAAAAUAAGAAUGUGGCAGGGGGUGGGGGCACCCGGGCCCCUCCACUGAAGCCGUCACUGUAAUUUGUAUCGUUGUAACUUAAGAUAUCCAUAGACUCUGGUAAUCUUGAAUUUGGUUGCUCUUUCCUUUCAACAGGAAUGCAUUUUCAAGAAGACGUCGGGCAACACAAGUCUACGUGUCUACUGGAGUGGCCAACUCCGCAUCUAUAACUGCAACGCCUGUUGCAGGCGAUGGUAUUUCACUUUUAACGGUGCAGAGUGCUCGGCUCCAGCAGCUAUUGAUGCUGUAGUCUACAUGAGAUAUGGAACUGGUAGCAGAUUGAAAGAUUUGCACCGCCCACGUCACGUCGAGGGAGUCUGCGAUAAAAUCCACAAAGGCACUGUGCGCGUGGGAUUCUGGGUCGGCAACUGCAAAAGUUACGGUUCUGCUGAUGCGAGCACAGGAUGGAACUCGGUGUCCCGGAUCUACGUGGAAGAAGUACCACCCCCGCAAGCUUAA